AACAAUAAACAACCCUGAAACAAGAGAUACGCACGAACGGGACCUGUCGCUCCAAUCCGACAUAAACUAAACGAAAAUAUGAGCCGAGACAGCUACCGACGGUUGGAGUAACGUCUCGUCAAGUAGUGUGGGACUCGCAUCGGUCCUGACAAAGGAUUUCUGAGCUUUAGGGAAGAAGUAGAGUUACGGUUUUCCCCUUUCCUUAGCCCCCUGUAGCUAGCAGUGGCUCAUUCCUUGUUUCUGCACACUUUGUGUUAGUCUGUUAUGCAGUUGCUAGAGGACUGUACUCGCACUCGUUCUCCUCCUCAGCCACUUCGCUCCCUCUCCCCUCUCUCUCUGGCCCUAUGUCUCGCUGGCUUUUCCCUUGGUCAGGCUCAAUCAAGAAGCGGGCCUGUCGGUACCUCUUACAACACUACCUCGGUCACUUUCUGCAGGAGCGACUGAGCCUGGACCAGCUGGGCUUGGACCUGUACAAUGGCAGCGGUGUCAUCAAGGAAAUCAACCUCGAUGUGUGGGCUGUUAAUGAGCUUCUGGAGUCUCUCGGGGCUCCUCUGGAGAUAGUGGAUGGCUUUGUGAGCACCAUAGCAGUGACCAUCCCCUGGCAAGCUCUGUUGACCGAUCACUGCACCUUAGAAGUUUCUGGUCUCCAGAUAACAUGUCGACCCAAGUAUCGGACCAGUGGGGGUUGGGACUCCCAGGGCUGGUCAUCAAGCAUGACCUCCAGUAUGCAGCUGGCUCAGGAGUGCUUGAAGGACCCCCCAGAGGCGUCCGAGGAGCCGCCUGCCCCGCUGGAGGGGCUUGAGAUGUUUGCACAAACCAUUGAGACGGUCCUUCGUCGUAUUAAAGUCACCUUCCUAGAUACUAUUGUCCGCAUCGAGCACCAGCCCCUGGACCUGGAAACAGGCGUUGCCUUAGAGGUGCACAUCAAACGGCUGGAGUACUUUGACGAGGCGGUGCGGGACCCAGCCAGCCAGACUGCCGUGCCUGUCGACAUCCACCAGCCGCCCGCCUUCUUGCACAAGAUCCUCCAGCUGAGCAUGGUUCAGCUAUUCUACGACAGCACUGGCACACCACAGAGCCCUCCUGAGGAGGAACGGCCAGAUUCCGCCAUGGCUAGUGAAGGAGAGGAGGAGAAGGAAGAUGGCGAGGAAGAGGAGGAGGAGGAGGAGGAAAAAGAGGUGAAGCCCCAGGCUGUUCCUCCCUGUCCUCCAUCUCAGCCACUGCUCAUAGGAAGUUGCUCUGGUUUCAUUGAGACCACUGUCAAGAUCAAGCAGAACGACAUGCUGCCAGGACCAAAGUUGGAGUUGGAUGGGAAGGUGGGCUGUGUCCACAUGCUGCUGUCUCCAGAUCAGAUAACUCAUCUGACAGACCUGCUGGCAGCUCUCUGCAUAGACACUGAGACAGAGACUAAGUGUGGGGGGAUACACAGCCGUCCUUUGGACUCAGAUGACCUGCGUAUGAUUGAGGAGGACCUCAGCAAGCAGCUGGGCUCCAGUCCCAGAGACAAGGACUGGGACUCUGAUUCAGAGUUGGAACCCUACAUCACGGGCUUGGAGAACGGAGAUAUGUUUUACUCCAUGGGUCCUGCUGGGAUGAACAGUAGCGUGACAUCUGUGCGCUCUGGCAGCGAGCUGUCAGACAGCGAUAUGGAGUCUUCUACACACAGUAUAGCCAGCUUCACACAGCCUGCAGCGCUAUCUGCACAGGGCAUGAUGAACUGUCCCAGGAGAUAUCCUGUAGCGGGCUGUUUGUCCAGUCUACCGCAGUCCAGCGGUCGUACCAGAGGACGAUCACACAGCGGCCAGGCAGAACAGAUGAAGCCUGACGCUCUACUGCGUGUGACACUAGGCGGGCUCACCCUAACUCUACUGCAGGAGGACCCACCCACUAAAGCUGAGGGAGCCUCAUCAUUGGCUCAGGUGUCUCAGGUGUUCUUCCGGGAGCUCGCUUUCUUUAAAGACAGCAUGUUCAGUGAGAGAGACUUCAACCACCUGAGAGGCGGCUUCGCCAAGGCUUGUCCGCACUCCCAUCUCAGACUGACAGGAGCAGCAGUGCAGGUUGCUUGCGAGAUGCGGAGCGGGAGGCGUCACAGUCGGGCGGUGACCUCUGACCUUUCCUUCAGCAGACUGGAACUGUUAGAGUGCCUCUGGGAGGACAGCAAGCCUCAAUACUGCGAGUUGCUCCAAUUCCAGAAAGCUGGUCUGUUCACUAUUGGAGCUGCAGCCAGACCAUGUGCCCAAGUACACUACAGCCUCACUGAAAAACACCUGCGAAAGGGAAAACAGCGGGUGGUGCGGCGGGACAGUGUCGUGCAAGUGGAGCUGGCAGAACUGAGCGCCGAGCUGGACCUGGACAUCCUCAGUCGAAUGGGGAACCUGAGCAAGGCCUUCAGCUACUGUCCCCGACAGACAACCGGACCUGGACCCAUGCAGACCCAGAGCAGUGAGCUAUGGUCCUCCUUCUCCCUCCUCUCCCCUCAUGCUGUCCUCAGGCUUCGUUUCCCCAUACCAGACUUGCGGCCCCUACCUUUGCGAAAGCCUCCUACUGUGAGGACAGUACGGCAGGAGACACUGGUGCUGGAGCUGACGGAGCUGGAGCUGAAGCACCAAGAAGCACCAGAUCUGCAGAGCGAGCAGCCUGCCUUGGGACAGCUGUCAGCUCCCUGCCUCACCCAGCUGCUGGAGGCCUCCUUCACCGACGUGCAUGGGUCAUACGAGGGCUGGGAGGGAGGCUCUUUCCCCUGCAUCAGAGUGAAGAAGAACCGCGACUCUCUGCCCAGGAUAUCAGUGCGUGUGCGUGGUGGCGAGACUCAGGGCCCGUCAGCAGGUCUGGGCGGGAUUAGCCUGGACCUCGUCAGAGACCUGGGUGCCGCUUUCUUUGAAAGUCACUGUGAACUCCAAGACAAAACCAGCUCUCCAUUUUCCUCCAACCGCACCAUGUUUGAGACUGAGGAGAUGGUGAUCCCAGCUGACCCAGAAGAGAUGCGUCAGUUCCAGGCUCAGUGUGUCGCUCAGUGUCAAUGCGCCGUGGACAUUAGCCUGCCACUGGCCUACAUCCUUUUGCCCAGCAAACAGGCCUUCCAGAGCAUCUACAACAGAAUCAAUAAUGACCUCUUGAUGUGGGAGCCACCUCCUCCUCCUCCCCCCUCGGCCCACAGCCCUGACCACUUCCGCCAUCACCAGGACGAGUUCCAGCUCUGCAAGUCAGCCUUCAGACUUGACUCUGACUCCGAGGAGGACGAGCCUCAGUUCUACUUGGCCAAUGAACCAGCUGGAAGGGCUAAAUCAGCCUCUCACACCAACCACAACCUCAGCCUCCUCUCCCUCACUGUCCUUAUCAACAAAGGUCGCCUCCAAGCCAGGACAGACAAGAAGGAGGACCAGAGUCAUGGAGAAAUUGUGCUUGACCUGGAAGGUGGAAAGAUAUUCAGUGUGGCGCAGCACCAGAAUGACCCCAAUCUCAGUUUCUUGUGUCUGGAGAGCAGACGAGUGGAGCUCUACCAUCGAGCGGUGGUGAAAGACACCCCCAUCCCACAGCGGUUGGAGAUGCCCGUCUUCACUGCCCCAAAGCACUUGGACCCUACCAUUUACCCCACAGAGGUGGGAGUCAGCAGUGUGAGCGGCAGGGAGGGAGAGCAACAGAUGUUGUCCACAGCCAUUAAAAUCACUCUGGACCCUCAGAGGAGUGUGAAGGAAUUCCUUGUUGCGCUUCGACUUCAGGGUGCCACUAUGAGACAUUACAUGACGCAGACCAAUCACAGCUGGCAUGAGCAGCUGGUUGACUUCUUGGAUGUCAUUGACGACCCUAUUCUGGGAUACACAGCACCUGCAGUCAUCACUGUCCUCCACACACACCUCGCUACCUGUGCCGUCGACUACAGACCUCUCUAUCUGCCGCUGAGGGUCUUGUUCACAGUAGAGUCUUUCUCUCUGUCCAGUAACAUUAUUGUAGACACGGCCACCUUCCACCUCAGAUUCAUCCUGGAUGACUCAGCUCUCUACCUCUCCGACAAAUGUGAGACUGACACUGUGGACCUGAGGAGAGACUAUGUUUGUGUUCUGGACAUUGAUCUGCUGGAGCUCGCCAUCACCACAUGGAAAGGCAGCAAUACGGGCAAGCUGUCUCAGCCUCUGUUUGAGCUUCGUUGCUCCAACAAUGUGGUUCACCUCCACACAUGUGCUGAUUCCUGCGCCGCUCUGGUCAAUCUGCUGCAGUACCUGGUCUCCCAGGGUGACCUGCACCCACCGCCACGACACACCUCACCCACAGAAAUCGCUGGCCAGAAACUACCGCUAUCAGAGAGUCCUGCGUCUAUUCUGCCCUGCCCUCCAGCUGAAACUGCUGAGAUCAACCAGUAUGAUCUGGCUGAUGCCUUAAUUGACACAGAGAGGAGCCAGCGAGAUGACGGUUUAGACCAAGGUUCGCCCUCCAUGCCGAGAGGCUCGCCUGUCUCUGUCUACCUGUUCCCCGGUGAAGCCUCCAAACGCAGCCCCCCUGUGCUGCAGGGGGACGACUCUGACCUUGACGGUCUGGUUGCCACAGCAACAGAGGCACAGGCAGAUAUGAUGUCAGAGGACGGGUCUGAGGGCUCCACCGACAAUGACGACUUUUGUAUCCUGGAGGCUCCUGGCAUGGGCAUCCCUCCCAGAGAUGGAGAGCCCGUGGUGACAGUUCUGGCUCAGGGUCCCAUCCGGGUGAAGGACAGCCACUUCUCAAGGCCGAGAGGCAGCUCAGACUUGCUCCGUGCCCCGAGCCGCUUCCCAGUGCCCCAGAGCAGGGUGGUGCUGCGGGAGAUCUCUGUGGUCUGGCAUCUAUAUGGGGGCAAAGACUUUGGUGGCAAGCCCUUGUCCAUACACGCACAACAUGCAAACAGGGGUCGCUCAGUCCCUGCUGGUGUGCGUGGCUCGCCGUCCCGCUCCGUCACUUCCUCUCGUCCACAGAACUCCUGGCGCUGGGCUGGAGGCAGCGGCCGCCAGCACAGCCUGCUAAUGGAGAUCCAGCUCACCAAGGUGUCCUUCCAGCAUGAGACUUACCCAGGGGCGGUGGCUGGACAGGAUGGGGAGGGGUCAGUGGCAGCUGUGGUCGGUGUGGGUCCCGGUGGCGAACAGCCGCUCUCCAGGCAGGUGUUUAUUGUUCAGGAGCUGGAGGUUCGAGACCGACUGGCCUCCUCACAAAUCAACAAAUUCCUCUACCUCUACACCAGUGAGAGCAUGCCGCGCCGAGCCCACUCCAACAUGUUGACAGUGAAGGCCCUGCAGGUGUGUCCAGAGUCUGGUCUCGGUGGUCCAGAGUGUUGUCUCCGAAUCAGCCUGCUGCCACUACGACUUAACAUCGACCAGGAUGCGCUGUUCUUCCUGAAGGAUUUUUUCAGUAAUCUAGCUUCCUAUGUUAACCCUUACAUGCCUGUGGACCCUGCCGCUGAAGUGAAGGCAGACCCCUCCCAGAAGAUGUCUGAGGAGGUGGAGUCGUCUGGUAGUCUGGGACCUGACCUCACAGCCUCUGUGGAAACUACCUACAGUGAGCAGAGCUCCUCCUCCGCUGGCUCCACCUCCUCCUCUGAGCAGCCAAUUUACUUCCGGGAGUUUCGUUUCACCUCUGAAGUGCCUAUCUGGCUGGACUAUCAUGGCAAACAUGUCGUCAUUGAACAGGGAACGUUUGCAGGGAUUCUGAUUGGACUGGCUCAGUUAAAUUGUUCAGAGCUGAAGCUGAAGAGACUCUGCUGCAGACACGGCCUCCUCGGUGUAGACAAAGUGAUCCAGUACGCCGUCACAGAAUGGCUGACAGAUAUAAGGAAGAAUCAGCUCCCGGGCAUCCUGGGAGGUGUUGGUCCCAUGCACUCUGUUGUCCAGCUUUUCCAUGGAGUGAGGGAUCUGUUCUGGCUGCCCAUAGAGCAAUACAGGAAAGAUGGACGCAUUAUUCGAGGUCUCCAGAGGGGGGCAGCAUCCUUUGGUACCUCAACAGCAUCAGCUGCUCUGGAGCUCAGCAACAGGCUGGUACAGGCGAUCCAGGCCACAGCAGAGACAGUGUACGAUAUCCUGUCUCCAACGCCGCCCCUGAAUCGUUUUGCCAUCACCGAGGGCCGGGCCCCCACCAGCCGGCCCCGCAGAGCUGCCCAGCCUGCAGACCUCCGGGAAGGUGUAGCCAAGGCUUACGACACAGUCAGAGAGGGAGUGAUUGAUACGGCUCAGACCCUGUGCGAUGUAGCAUCCCGCGGCCACGAACAGAAGGGUCUCCCUGGUGCCGUGGGCGGCGUCCUGCGGCAGAUCCCGCCCACCGUGGUCCGACCCUUAAUAGUGGCCUCUGAAGCAACUUCCAAUCUGCUCGGUGGCAUGCGGAACCAGAUCAAACCAGACGCCAGGAAGGAAGAUUUCCUCAAAUGGCGUACAGAGGACGGCCAAGAAUGAUGACAACUUUUUGUGUAUGUGUGAGAUAGUGUGUGUAUGUAAGAGAGAGAGAGAUUGUGAUUUGGGAGCAUCACAGCUAAAAGAGCGAAUGCAAAGGGUUUGAAUGUGUAUUUGCAUGUUUGUACAGAUUAAUGAGAGUCAGUGUGUGUUUCAAUGCAAAAAGAAAGCUACGACUAACUACUACUGCAGUUACUGAUGCCCAGUGUUUUACGUGGCUCCAUUAUACGUGGAUUUAAUUAUUGUUUUGCCUCCAGCAGGAGUCCCUCCCCGCAGUACUACACUACUCUGCAGAUUCUCCUUACCGUCAGUUUAGUGUGCAAACAUAUCGCCAUCACUCUCAUCUUGGCUGCAUUUUCAAUCCAAACAAGGGCAGAUAGGAUUAUCACUCUAAAGGUUUCUUUGUUGUUCAUAAGAAAAUGGAACUUUAUGUGCUUACAGUUGUUGCAUUGUUCAAAACUUUGUGUUCUAGUUUAAUGUGAUUUCUGGCACAACUUUACCCACUUACAAGGUGCAUGAAAAAGGCAAAUAGUCUCAAGCAGUCAAAACAGUUUAAUGGACAAGUUAACUGUGAGAUAAAUGUAUUUACAGGACUGUUUCACUGCACCAUGCUCCUGUUAAGUAGGUUUACUUGAACAUUUGGGUACAGUUUACCUGUAUUGGGUGCAUGAUUUGAUAACAGGUAACUCCAGCUAUGAUCUUUUCUGAUGCUCGUAGUGGAAACAGGGUGCCCGUUUUAGAGAAGUGUUCAUUGCCAACACCCUCCAGAGUUUGUUAGAUUAUUUCAACUCAUCACAACACUGUUAUCUGUGAUUGGUUCAGUUUUGGCCCUACUAUGCACCUGCCCCCCUCAGUGCUGUUAUUUGUGCCAUAAACCUUGCAGGGUGCCCUUUUUUAACUAGCUUGUGUUGCCUUCCUCAAUCCUGCACCCUUCCAACUACAAGUAUAAUAAAUAAUACAUACUGGUUCAUAUUGAUUUGCAUACCUGACUGAAUUGUAACAUACGAAGCCUCUGAAAGGUUCCACAAAGUCAAGCUGGACUUCAGUCGUCUCUCUGAUGAAGUGAAUCAGUAACUCAACAAACUGUCAUGAUGUCAGCCAGUGUUUUUUCUACCUGCAUUGCAGCUCAUUCGUGCUUCUGUCUCCAUGGCGAUGUGGAGAUGACCGGGGGCUGGGGGCUUUAUUAGUCUGCUCUGUCUUCAAAAUUGCUAUGCCCUUUUCUUUAGUUGCCUUCCUGCGUUUUUAUGUUUCUUUAUUUGUUUUUUAAUUUCUUUAAACAUAAGUAUUGUCAUAUUCAAAAUAAGUGUUGAGAGGAUGUGAAUCUGUUGACAAUGGAGGAUGAGAACUUUGGGUUUUGUGGUUUAAAAAAAAAAGUUUUACAUUUUUAUCUUUUUUUUGUUUAAGUGUAAGGGGUGUGUGUGUGAGUAUGAGAGAGAGAGAGAGAGUGUGUAUGUUGUGUGCGCACGAUACAUGUCUGUGAGUGUGGCAGGUUGAUGCUUGUCACACCUCUUGUGUGUAAUUACUAUUUACUAUAUCAUAAACUGUAUGAAUGACCUGUAUAAUACAAAGACAAGGAGUAUACAAAUUAAUAGAAAAAAUAAAAAAAAUUUGA